CACACCUUGUGCAGUGAAAUACCUCAUGAUAGAUGAGCUUUACUGACUAGACUACACCUCCCACAAUGCACUGCGUCCUCAACAUGGCGUCCCACAUGGUGAGAGGUAAAGGUUACAUUGUAUCGAGUGGUUGCUCUCUGGUGGAGGCCUGCAGGAUGAAGGUGUUGGGAGCAGCGGUGCGCGGCCGGAGCUCCGGGGUGUGCGGAGGCCCGGCUCGGCCCCGAGGGGAGGCUCUCGUUGUGGGUUCCAGUCCGGAGCUGGUGCAGAGACUCGGCUCACAGGUGGAGGUGAGGACGGGCUUCAUCACCGAGGAGGAGGAGGGGCUUCUGCUGACAGAGCUGGACCACAGCCUGAAGAAGAAGAGAUACCAGUUCGACCACUGGGACGAUGCCAUCCACGGGUACCGGGAGACGGAGCGUGCCAGCUGGGGGGCAGCGUGUCAGGAGGUCUUGAAUCGCGUCCGGUCCGUAGCGUUUCCUGAGGGGAGUCCACUCCUCGGGCCUGUGCACAUUCUGGAUCUGGACAAGACCGGCUACAUCAAGCCUCACGUUGACAGUGUCAAGUUCUGUGGGAGCACCAUCGCCGGCUUGAGUCUCCUCUCAGACAGCAUCAUGCGCUUGGUGAAGGAGGACGCCCACGAUGAAUGGCUGGACCUGCUGCUGCCCCGACUUUCCCUCUACAUUCUGAGGGACCAGGCCAGAUAUGACUUCACUCACCAAAUCCUGAAAGACGAGGAGUCUGUGUUCAGUGGACAGAGAGUGCCUCGGCUACGUCGAAUCUCCGUCAUCUGUCGGAACCUUCCGGGCUAACACCCACUGCCACACAGCCUUCAUAUGAACACAUCAAAUGGAUUUAGAGGAUUAUGUCCAGGAUCGCCAUGAAGAUAGUAAUAUUUUUGGUUAGUGUAUUAUGUAUAUACAUCUAUGGUGAAGUGUCCAGGACAUUUAUUGCAGUUGAGACACUCUCCAUACUGUGUUGAAGUGAACCAGCACACGAACAGUAAUGUAUGUUACACAGAGUUUAGCAUUUCAGGGAUCAUAAUCAACUGAACAGUGUUUUCAGACUUUCUUCACUGGAGUAUCUUUAAAGUUUUGCGAUGGCUGAUUUAAAUUAACAGCAGGUUUCUACACAACAACUGCGUAAUCGCGUCUGUAAUUUGAACAUAAUUGGUUUGUUGGUUCAACAUUAAACAGCAGGAAGGAUUUUUUGUUUAAGAAUUUGUUUCAUGUAUUACCAUCCCUUUGGUUUGAUCCUCUACUUUUGCAAAUAACAGAACUGUGUGAAUCAUUUCCAAAUAAAAUGAAUGUGAAC